AUGGAGUCUGCCAUUCGCUGGUCCCCGACCUCGUCGGCCACGGAACAACGCUUCCUGUCCGUCGACGUCACGGGGAAAUCAUUUCGUCUGUGUAGGGUGAAUGGGUUUGACGGAAAGUAUAUACGCCAUGAAGUGCUCUCCACUCUGACCAAUGUACCCGGUUUUCGCGCAUUCGACUGGUCUACUUCAAAUGAGAACCUGAUCGCCGUGGGCCAGUCGUCUGGGGAGGCUACUAUCCUACGCCUCGAUGGGGAUGCCAAGGAAUCUCUUUCAUUUCCAGUCCGCAACCAACGGUACUGCAAUGCUGUGGCGUUUAGUACACAUGGUCUUGUGGCAUCGGGCCUCGAUCGCGUUCGGAACGACUUUUGCUUGAACAUUUGGGACGUGAAUCAACGACUCAGUCCUGCUGGCGGAAGUAAAGGAUUUACUGAGCCUUUACGGAAGCUCGCCAGCUCAGAGCCUAUUACCAGUAUCAAGUUUUUCCGGGACCAGCCUGAUACAAUCGUAACUGGGGUCAAAGGCCAGUUUGUUCGGAUCUAUGAUCUAAGAGAGGGACCCGGCAAUCCAUCAUUGCAAUUCCCCACUCGAUGUGUACAUAAUCUGGCUAUUGACUGGCUUGAUGAGAACUACAUUGCGUCUUGCAUUCCAACAAAUGAAAGCACCAUCUGCGUAUGGGACCGCCGCGUUGGAACCCGACUAACAUCCCCAGCAAUUGGUUCUUCUGCCAGUGCCACAGACUCGGGUCAAACGACACCUGCUUUGGAACUCAAGAAUGUUUUCCAUCCGAAAUCCUCCAUCUGGAGCUUGCGCUUUUCGCGGACGAACCGAGGCAGUCUCGCUGCGCUGUCCAGCAGCGGUCAUUUCAAGAAUUACGACAUUUCCAAAGACUACCUGCCGGAAGAGUAUCGCUCUUCGAUAGACGAGACUCUUGGUCAGGGAUCUUCCAGAAAUUAUCCAGAAUCCGUAUACACCAAGCACGUACGGGACGUAUGCAUACCCUUUGAUAACCCGACUCGCGGCUACAGAGAAAAGGACCGGAUUGUUUCAUUCGAUUCCCUGAAUAUUAGCUUGUCCCCUCAACCAAGUUCUAUCGCACUCGACGGCAAUGGACAACCUCAGAUCAUCACCGCGCGGCCCCCGUGCGCACCAAUUGAUCUAUCUUCACGGAGUGUAUUGGCCUAUGGGAUCUCAUCGAAUGACUCAGAUGUGCGAUCGAUUCACCCACUUUCUGAACACAUUGCGCCCAUAUCCGGCCUGAUCGAAGAAAUCAGAUCACGAGUCUACUCAGCCUCGCAAGAGCAGGAGGAAAAUGCAAAUGAUGAACUGUUUGUGCCAAAGAAUCUUGAUUUCGAGCCUGUCCCAAGCCACGAGAAUAGGGAACGCGCCAUGGCUAUCGGGGUAAUGGGGGUCCCUCUUACUGCCGAAGAAGCGCUCACUCUAUGCACAAUCAACCAGUUCCGGUGCAAAGAGGGUUAUUUGUUUGAUGAGGAUCAAAACCGAAAGGUGGCAUCUGAUGACCAAGCUCUACAAGACUUAUGGGACUGGAUUGAACGUGCUCGAAAAGAGUCUUCCGGGACGUCAAUGGUCGUCAAUGGCUUGGACCUGAAUUAUCUAGGUGUGAGCAGUGUUUGGAAUAAUGACCUAGGCAAUGGUCUCGAACAACGCCGUAUUAGUAGUAAGAAGGAUGGUGCUAAAACAUUUGCGGAUACAGUGGCAAUCUUGGUAACUCAGUUGAAUCUCCCUGAGACAAAAGGUUGUGACACGGCUUACCCCGACCAUCGCCAACUCUGCCUUCGUAUCUGUGGUGCAACGCAAUCCUAUCGUGAACUAGAAGAGUCAGUGAAAGCUUUAUCUGGCGAAAACCAGCAUACUAAAGCCGCUGCGUUGGCUGUCUUCCAAGAUGAGCCCAAGCUAGCCUACCUCGGGCUUCGAAGCAACAACCCCACUCAAGCACAUAAAUUGCUAGCCAUGGCGAUUGCGGGUGCCUCCAAGGGGGACACUGACACAGACUGGGAGGAUACUUGUGCGGAAAUCGCGAAGGAGCUCACGGAUCCAUACGCCCGGGCGAUCCUAGCCCUUGUGAGCAAAGGCGACUGGAAUGCAGUUAUCAAGGAAACCACACUACCUCUGAAGUAUCGCGUAGAGGUCGCGCUACGCUGGCUUCCAGAUGACGAAUUAACUGAGUAUCUGAAGGAUGCUACAAGCCAAGCAAUUCGUCAAGGCGAUAUUGAAGGAAUCGUCCUCACUGGCUUGGGUCAUUUGGCCAUGGGUCUUUUCCAAUCUUAUAUUGGAAAGUUCAAUGAUGUCCAAACUCCCGUGCUAGCAAUGAGCCAUACCGUGCCGCGGCUUGUUAGCAACCAAAAACACAUUGUCCAGUUUGAGGCCUGGCGUGAGACCUACCGGCGGCAAAUGAACUCCUGGAAACUCCAACUCGAGCGUGCCCGAUUCGACGUUGGCUCUCGUCGUUUCGCCGUGACUGCAGACGGUCGCAAACUCAUGCCACCACCGCCGCAGCAAGUCAGUCUCACCUGUAACUACUGCACGAGUCCGCUCACCCAGCACGACGCUUCCUCCCAGGUCUCCACUACCAAGGGUGCUGAAACUGUGCAUCCCACCGCCGGGAACCCUCUAGCACCUACAGUCAUGUCUGGGACUGUGUGUCCGCGGUGUGGUCGACAUAUGCCGCGUUGCGGCAUCUGCACUUUGUGGCUGGGUUCGCCAGAUCCAAUGUCACGCGCCAGUAGCGCAGCAGAUGCCGAGGCGGGUUCUCGCGAGCCCACUGAGACUGAAGUUAUGCGGCGGUUUGUGGUGUUUUGCAUCCAUUGUAACCAUGGGUUCCAUGCAAGUCAUGCCAAUGACUGGUUCAAACGACACAAGAUCUGUCCCGUAGCAGAGUGUAACUGCAUCUGUGAUCGGUGA